AAGUAAGCGUGUUUCUUCGGUCGCUGAAGCUCCAGAUCGGUAGAAGGAUGUAAACAGAACAAAACAGCCGCCGUGGAUUUGUUGGCUGUUGUCCUGAGUGGACACCGGCUCAUGAAGGUGAACCGGGAGCUCACGGCAGGAACAUUUCCGGAGGUUUCUUCCGUUAAAACAGGCGAGCAGCCGUGAGCAGUGAUGGAGUUGUCUCAGAGGGACCGGCUGUCAGAGCUGGUGGAGGAACUGACCACUUCGGGACAGCCACAGCUCAACCAGGAUAAAAUGAAGGAGGUCAAGAAGCUCUGCAAAGUGUCUAAUGACUGCAUAGACCACGUGUACCACUCAGUCAUGUCCCAGCUCAACCAAGAACACGCUGAGAUCCGAUUGUCUGCCUUCCAGAUAGCCAGUGAGCUCUUCUCUAGAUCGCACCACUUCAGGACACUGGUAGUCGACAACCUUCAGGAGUUCUUGGAGUUGACAGUAGAGACAGAUAUGGAGCAGCCCCUCCCUCCUCCGAAGGAAGUAGCCAAGAAGCUGAGGUCACUGGCCAUCCAGACUGUCCAGUCAUGGCAGACGUCUUAUGGCUCGGCUUAUAAGAAGCUGGCUCUGGGCUACCACUUUCUCAAGCAGGUUAAGAAGGUGGACUUCCAGGAUGCGGAGGCCAGGACAGUAGCAGAAAGGAGGAGGGAGGAAGAGAGACAGAGGAAAAUGGAGAGGAUCUACAAGGAGAGGGUGGAGGCAGCAGUCAAAGACAUGGAGGAGUCAUACCAAGAAAUGGAAGCAACGCUGACAGAGAUGGAGUCAUGUAUGGGGCUGCUUUUCCCUCAGUUUGACCUCACAGGUAUCCAGACAGCCAAGAGCAGCACUUCAAACUCCAAACCAGUCAGUGAGUGUCCUUCAGAUGAUGACCAGCCCUGCUGCAGCAAAGACCUGAAGGAUGAUGGAAGAGAAAGAAAGAUGCACGAAAGGGAGGAGGGCAGGGAAGAAAAGAAAAGAGACAAUGGAAUGACAGAGGAGAACAACAGGGAGGAGAAAAGGUCUGAAGGUGAGGAGAGGAGAAACGAGGUUGAAGAUGGAGAAGAAAAGAAGGGAGAAAUGGAGAGUGCACAGGUGGAGCAAGAGCUGGAAGAAGAUGACGAGGAAGAGGAGGAAGAAGGAAGUAGUGAAGAAGAGGAAGAGGAGCCACUUGACGAAGACUCGUUUUUCAGGAGCUCGGGGCUCAUGUCUCACUCCUACAGUCUGGACCUGAACCUAAGUCCUGGUCUACAUGUGAAGGAGACAGAAGAUAAUGAGGCGGUGGUUUCCACGGUGAUAGACCUCCAUAGACUGAUAACAACCAAACACCUGCCGGCCGUGCAGGGCUGGGUUCAGGUCUUUACCAAGUCAGGUGCAGAGCAGCAGCUGUUGAGAAGAGCGUUGGAUCUGAAGAGGUCUUUAGAAGCUGCACUGCAGAAACAUGAGGAGCUUCACAUCGACUACAAGACCAGGAUCCGCAGAGUGAUGAAGGCUUCUUCAGACGGAGACGACGACGAUGACGAUGAUUUUGACGAGGUUCCCGAAAAAGAGGGCUUUGAGCCUCACAUUCCAGAGCAUCUGCGAGCCGAGUAUGGUUUGGAUCCCUCUCCUUCCACCUCAACGGCACCAGUCGCCCCCAAAAAACCUCCUGCUAAAAGACCUGCAGCCCCUCCCCCUCCAUCCCACUCCUCUGCUUCAUCCUCCAGGAGGCUGAAGCGACUCUUAGAGGAGGAGCAGGAUCCAACGUCUGCCGUCGCCACGCUGCGCCUCCUCAGACAGAAGAUCCCUCUGCCCACAGAGUCCAGCAGCGACUCUGGUCCCAGUUCAUCUCAGUCCGGUUCAGAACAGAAGGCUGCUGAUGCUCCUGUGGUUCCAUUCGGUUUGGAUUUGUACUACUGGGGUCAGGAGCAGCCCAACGCCGGCAAGAUCAUCAAGUCAGCCUCUCAGCAUCAGUUCUGGGUUCCCAAAGAGGUGGAGGAGGAGGUGGAGAACCAGGAGCUGCUGGCGGAGAGCAGGAGCAGAUACAUCUCGUUCCCUGGGACCUUCACGCCCGUCAGCCAUUUCUGCAGAGCUCCACUGGAUAACGGAAAACUGUGUCAACGGCAAGAUCGCCUCAAGUGUCCUUUCCAUGGUCGGAUCAUUCCUCGAGACCAGGAGGGUCGACCCUGCAGGCCGGAGGACCGACGGAGGGAGGAGCAGGAGGAGAGGAGGAGAAGAGAGCAGCAGCCUGAUUGGCGUGACGCAGAGCUGAUGCGAGACAUCGAGGCAGCGACGGGAGAGGACCUGGGUUCUAGUCGGGUGGGCGGUAAAAGAGGGAAGAAGAAGAAAUAUCCCAACCUCAGCGAUCUGAAGCAGGGCACCAACACCACCCGCUCCAGGCUGGAGAAAAAAGUCUUUAACAAGAGCACCAUGCGAAGAGUGGCUCAGGUGAUGAACAAAGCUGACAAGAGAAAACACGACAAGUUCUCCAACCAGUUCAACUACGCUCUCAACUGACCUCCAGCAGCCGCCACAUGCCGUGAACUGAACAAGAGGCGGACUCGGUUCACCUCUCAAAGAAUUCUGGUUCAUCUCAGCCUGGUGCCUUCGGUCCAGAUAUGAGAUGUUCAUACAGAGUGCAAAGUUAGCUCGGCACACAGAGACACAAUAGUCACAUCAGGGCAAAUACAGCAGGUUGAAAUCAGCUGAAAUUAUUCUGUGUAACGAGCUUUCUUGGAAACAAGAAAGGUUUUAAUUUAUUGAGGGAUGCGGUCUCCAGGUUAACGUGACUGGUGUGUGAUUGCAGCUGAAAUGAUUUAACUCCUUUUUAAGGAGAAGCCUUAAAUGUGAUCAGUUAUCAAAUGUACAAACAGGGGAGGAGUGUUUUUGUCCAGAUCUGCAGCUUUACACCUGAUAAGAAGUGAUGGAGUUCUAGAAAAUGAAAAUUGUAUUUCUUAUGACCUAAUUUAUUGCCACAUUGUUAAGCUUACUGUUGCCUUCAUGUCUGCCAAGUCCGGGUUCCUUUUUCUACAACUGACCCAUUUUUACUCUUUUUCUACUAUUUUCUUGUUGAAUGUGUUAAAGUGAUGUAUUGAUGUGUUUGUCAAAGAAAACUGUAAAUCUUUAUUUCCCGCAGCCUGUCCUGUUCGUGUCUUUGUCUUGUCCUCCACGUUAAUGAGGUUCAUUCAGGUUUAAUUCAGCUCAGAGAUCUGCAGCACAGUGGGUAAGUUUAGAGAAUGACUGUGAGCAUGAGUAGCUAAAUAUAUGAAGAGAAUAAGAACACAUAUUUAGUUUUCAUUCAAACAGCAUAUCAGUGCUACACAAAAUAAGGUUUGAGACACUUAAUUUGUCUUAUACCUGCAUUCUGUCGAACAGCCAGUAGGGGGCGACUCCUCUGGCUUAAGAAAAUAAAGGCAGAUUGUAUGGACAUA